AUGUGUAAACAGGAAUAUGAAAUAGUUUUAUGUAGAAAGUCUAAGGAUAUCGAAAAGAACUUUAAAGCAGAAACAUAUCAAGUAUUUGUAUGUGAUGAUAUAUUCGGAGAAUAUACUAUUAAUCGUCGUGAAGCUAACAGAUGGUCGACACAACUGACAAGAGACUAUAUAACAAACAUUCUCUGCCGUGGGAAAUCCAAACUUGUACUUUCGGUAAAAAAUCAGGUGUUCCAAGAAUCCCUGUUUUCACAAUUAAACUACUUAAAGUUUGCAGAGAUAGACAUGUCAGUCGUUACACUUGAUCAGAAAUGUGCAAUAGCAAAACAGCUUUUACAAAUUGAUGAAGAGGCUAAUAGUGCUUUCAUAGAUAACUUUAGAAAAAAUGGCAUUUUACUUGAUAUAGAAUUCGCGCCCUUAACAUUUACGCUUUGCAAAAGCAACAUUAAUAUUCCACUGUUUUUUGAAGACCCAAUUGAAACUUAUUGUAAGGAGUUAAAUGCAUUACAAAAUGUUGAAGACAAAUCAAAACUAUGUGCAUUAUUUUUACUGAUUGUUCACAAUGGUUAUAUGGACGAGAACUAUUUUUCUGCCCACCAGACUCUAGAUGAACGCAAUCUAAUAGAAAGCAUUUUUAAGGAAUUUGCAAUAUCAAAAACCAUUCCAACUUCUAGCAUGGAGGAUCAUUUAAAGGUGUUUGAAGGGCGGUUGAUUGUUAAAGAAAGAGGUAUUUUUCGGCCUAAACACCAGAUAUAUUUUAAUUGUCUUUGUUCUUUCUUUGGUGAUGAUAGUCAGAAAAUGCAGAAGUUGUUUAUCAAAUGCGCACAUAGUCAAGUAAUUAGUAGGAGAACUGCUUUUAGUUCCCUCCAGUUAAACGAUGUCCCUAGAUUUACAGUUUUGAUCACACCAAAUAACGAACAGAUUUAUUUUGAAAGAAUGGUAGAGGAUAUUUGUCACGGAAGUAUUUGGGAUACUCUAGAAAAUGAUCAACUACAUAAAUCAACCACAUUUCGUUUAAGAUUUCUAAAAUAUUUGAAAGUCCUACCGGAAGACAAGCAAAGACACAUUGUGAACAGUUUUGAUCAUAGAGGUUCAUGUAGUCCAGUAUCUAUUCUUUAUGUUGCAGUAUACCAUGGUCUCAUGCACUUAGCAACAUACAUUUUACAAAUCUCUUCAGCACAGUUGAUGGACAGCCAAGAUAAGUUUCCACCACUAAUUGCAGCUUGUGAAAGAGGACAUAAAUGCAUAGUAAAUCUUCUAAUUGAAUGUAAAGCAGAUGUAAAUCAAAUGGAUGAUUUUGGCAGAAGACCACUCAUAGUAGCUGUCCAAAACGAUCAUUCUAGUGUUGCGGAAGUACUCAUAAACAAAAAUGCAGAUAUUAAUUUAGGUGACAGAAAUGGCUGGACGCCAUUCAUGUGGGCUUGCGUAUUAAACAGGAAUGAGGUAGCAAAACUCCUUAUGGAACACUGCGCCGAUGUAAAUCAAGCUAGCAAUGAUGGAUCAACUCCUUUGUUUUGGUGUUCAAUAAUGGGGCUUGAAAGUUUUGUUAUCCUUCUCCAUGCUAAGGGAUCAAAAGGAUCACUGUCAACUCCUAAUUGUAACGGGAAAACACCACUGAUGGCUGCAAGUUAUUUCCGACGACAGGAAAUAGUCACCUAUUUGCUUCAGCAUUUGGAAUCUGUAGACGAAACUGACAAUGAAGGUUGGACACCCCUAAUGGAAGCUUGCUUUGACAAUGACAAUGGUAGCUGGAAUACAUUUUUAGAUCAAUUUAACCAGGGGAAAGGUUUGUGGUUUCCAUUGCUCAAACUUGUGUCAGAAAUGGAAAAAUACUGCGAUGACUCCGUUGGAUAUAAUUCGAUUAUUGACCAAUUGCUUUCAAAAUCUAAUAUAGAUCAUCAAGAUAAUGACGGUAAGUCUGCUCUUCAUCAUGCAUGUGAAGGGCAAUACAAUCGUAUUGUCAAUAUUUUGACUGAAAGGGGAGCAAAUGUUAAUUUAGAAGACACAAAUAAAUCGACAGCCAUUAUGGAAGCCUGUUUUAUUGAGGAUGAAGAUACAGUUUUGCCUUUAAUGGAGACACCAGCUGGACCUUGUAGACCAAUUAUCGAACAACUCCUUAGCAAGGGUGCUAAUAUUAAUUCAACUGACAAAGAAGGAUGGAAUCCUUUUUGUUAUAAUUGUGAGACCGGAAACAGUAACAUGGUUCACAGAUUAAUUGAAUUUACGAAUGAUGUGAACACAACCUACAAAAAUGGAAAAACACCUCUACAAAUGGCUCAAAAAUGUGGUAAUAAUGAAAUUAUUUGUCUGCUUAAACAAAAAGGCGCCCAUCAAAAUACGAUAGAAAAUGAAUCACAUGAUAUACAAUUUGACACUUUGAGCUCAGUGGAAUCGAUAUCUUAUAGCUCAGAUUCAGAAACUGAAUCUUUACCUGAUGCUAAAAAAGAUGUAGGCAGAUUGUUACUUCAAGCUUGCAGACAUAGAGAUGAGGAUAGGUUUCCAUCACUGCUAGAGGAAGCAGCAAGUGAGAAUAUUUUGAACAUUUCAGGCAAAAAAGGCAAAACUCCAUUGAUGGAAGCUUGUAGGUAUAAAGAUACAGGAAAAGUAAAACUUCUGUUAGAAGCAGGAGCCAGUGUCAAUAAAGACGAUAUGAAUUGUUGGACUCCUCUCUUAGAAACAUGUAAAGUUGGAGAUAUAGAAAUGGUACAACUCCUCUUAGAAAACAAAGCAGAGAUCAACAAAUCAGACGAUCGCGGAUAUUCUCCCCUUUUUAUUGCAAGUACAAAUGGAAGUAAGGACAUAGUAGAAUUACUUUUAAGUCAUCGGGCGGAUGUAAACAUUGCCAACAAUGCAGGAAUAACACCCCUUCUAGCAACAUGCACAAAAGAGUAUAUUGACAUAGUCCAACUACUAAUAGAUCGAGGAGCAAACAUCAACCAACCGGAUGCUUAUGGCAAUACUUCACUUAUGAUUGCAGGGUUUUAUGGAUACAACAAAAUAUUAAAACUCCUUUUAUCGAAGAAGGCAAAUAUCGAUCAAAAAGACAGUAAGGGAUGGACAGCUUUUUCCUGGGCGACAAAAGGUGGCAAUGCAAAUACAUUUGUUAAGAUGGCAUACAUCCACUCUUUACCAGAUUGCCAAACCGGUGAUAACCAUGCAGAAAAGCAAGCAUAA